AUGGUCCGCCUGCGAGAGAUACCCAGGACGGCCACCUUUGCGUGGUCGCCUGGGUCAACACAGCCAUUGAUUGCUACGGGGACCAAGGCUGGUGCAGUGGAUGCCGACUUCUCCAAUGACACGCAAUUGGAGCUGUGGGAGCUCAAGCUCGACGACAGCGAGCAGGGCGUUGAGCUUAAGCCUGUCGCCUCGCUCAGCGUAGACUCACGAUUCAACGACAUUGCAUGGAGCCAGCCGAGUGAGCAACACCCGCGGGGCAUAAUAGCGGGUGCUCUCGACAGCGGCGCAUUGGUGCUCUGGGACGCGGACAAGUUGCAGGCAGGCGCCAGCGAUGCCCAAAUCGACCAGAUCGACAAGCACACCGGGCCAAUUCAAGCGAUACAGUUCAAUCCGUUCCGACCUAACAUCCUUGCCUCAGCAGGAGCAAAGGGCGAACUGUUUGUCCACGACCUUGAUGACGAAUCCAAGUCCUUCCGCCUCGGUAAGGCUGGCGCGAACCCUGACGAAUACACUACGUUGGACUGGAAUAAGAAGGUAGCGCACAUCCUCGCGACCGGCAGCAGUGGCGGCUUUGUGACUGUCUGGGACGUCAAGGGCAAGAAGGAAAAUCUCACACUGAACCACUUUGGGCGGAAAACUGUCAGCGCCGUGUCUUGGGACCCAGAUGUCCCAACGAGGCUUGUCACCGCGAUUCCAACCGAUCAGAAUCCUCUUGUACUUGUUUGGGACCUCCGCAACACCAACGCUCCAGAGAAGACUUUGCAAGCACAUGACCAAGGCGUGCUCUCCCUCUCAUGGUGUGCCCAAGACAGUGAUAUUCUCUUAUCCUGCGGCAAAGACAACCGGACUAUUGCUUGGAAUCCUCACAGUGGGGAGCAACUGGGCGAGUUCCCCGUUGUUACAAACUGGACAUUCCAGACCAGAUUCAAUCCUUCGAAUCCGAAUCUCCUUGCAACGGCUUCCUUUGAUGGCAAAAUUGCCAUUCAAACACUCCAGAACACCGGUGCUUCGGUCGAUCAGAACAAGACCGCUGCUCAAGCACCUGAGGGGGAAGACUUCUUCUCGCAGACACAUGCAGAACCCCAGGGCGCUUCCUUUUCACUGAAAUCACCACCCAAGUGGCUGAAGAGAAGAGCGGGUGUGGCCUUUGGCUUCGGUGGAAAGCUUGUCCGUUUUGGUGUGGUAGACUCCAAGUCCAAGGUCAGCAUCUCUUCCUUCGCUGUAGAUUCUGAGAUCAGUACAGCUAGUGAAGAAUUUGACAAGGCUUUGGAGACUGGUGAUCUAACGUCCAUCUGCGAAUCGAAAAUCGCAAAGGCCAAUACCGACGAGGAAAAGGCCGAUUGGACUGUCAUUGAAACAUUAACCUCGGACAACCCCAGAAGCAAGCUGAUUGGUUACCUUGGAUUUGCAGACGCUGAGGAUCAGGAGUCCACGGAGAAGAAAGAGGUGGAAACCAGCAAUGGGACUGAUGAAGGCGCAUCAUUCUUCGACAAAUCAACGGAUGAAGGCAAUUUCUUAUCCGAUCUCGCUGCCUCCAAGGGCGCAAAGACCAACAAUCCAUUCCAGGUGUACACAGGCACAGAGUCAGAAGCCGAUACCAAAGUCACUCGUGCGCUGAUGCUGGGCAAUUUCGAAGCUGCGUUGGACGUAUGUUUGAAGGAAAAUCGAUUGUCGGAUGCUUUCAUGAUCGCUAUCUGCGGCGGCGAGAAGUGCAUAGCCAAAGCCCAAGCUGCGUAUUUCAAGAGACAGUCGGAUGCUCCGAAUUACUUGCGCCUUCUCGCCUCGGUUGUAGGAAAAAAUCUUUGGGAUAUCGUUUACAAUGCCGACCUCAAGGACUGGAAGGAAGUCAUGGCGACUAUUUGCACGUUCGCCAGCCAGGAGGAAUUCCCAGAUCUUUGUGAGGCACUUGGUGACCGCUUAGAAGAGGCUGUCGCAGAUGGCAACCGUUCCGCUCGUAAGGACGCAUCCUUCUGUUAUUUGGCUGGUUCCAAGUUGGAGAAGGUAGUUGUCAAUUGGGCAGAAGAACUUCAAGAAAGCGAGAAGGCGGGCAUUGAGCAAUCAGCGACCGACAGUAGCUUUUCUAUUCACGCACGAUCACUACAAGACUUCAUUGAGAAGGUCACCGUCUUCCGAAAGGUCACCUCUUUCAAAGACGAAGAGCAGGGGAAGGAUGCCGACUGGAAACUUGAACCACUGUAUGCGAAGUAUGUGGAAUAUGCUGAUAUUGCAUCGGCACAUGGUCAGCUCCCAAUAGCCGAAAAGUAUCUGAACCUCUUGCCGGAGAAAUACCCUGCCGCAGACGUCGCCAGGAACAGGGUCUCACAGGCAACAAGAAAGGUAUCAUCAUCCAAAGCAGCAGCUCCUCGAGCACAGACUGUACCAGCAGGCCAGCGCAACACACGUAUCGUUUCUUCAUACGGAGCUCCCGUACAGCAGGCUUCGAUGGCACCGCAAACGAACUCGGCCUAUACUCCUGUAACCUCUCUCCAGUCGCAGCCCAGCGCCGGACCCUAUGCGCCCAUGAACCCCCUAGCUCAGCAGUCACAAACCCCGGCCCAGUCUCUCUAUACGCCCUCGAUGCCUGGCCAAAGUGCUUACGCGCCAGCUGGUGCUGUUCCCCAACCAAGAUUUGGUGGCAUGCCCACUCCUCAGCCACAUUCUAUUCCACCGCCUCCACGCAAUACGGCAGGCUCGCCAUCUAUUACACCUGCCGCGAAUCGAGGCAACAUCCCUGCUUGGAACGACACGCCAGAUUUUGGACCGCCAAAAUCAUCAUCGCGUCGCGGCACUCCGAUUAAUGCUGUAGCAUCGCCAUUCGCCAAUCAACAACAGCCCAUUGCUGGUCCACCGCAAGGCCCAUUCUCACCGGGAGCUCGUUCAACACCUCCGCCUCCCCCCAAGGGACCUCCCCAAGGCCCGCCUCGUAUGACUUCUCCUUCGGCAGGUCACCCACAAGCAGGUGUGCCGAACCCGUACGCACCUUCACCCGUAACCAAUGCGUAUGCCCCACCGCAGCCUAGUGGCUUUGCGCCACCUCCACAAGCUCCAGUGCAACGUGGAGUAUCACCAUACCAGCCACCCACUGCCGCUGCACCACCUUCAAACCGCUAUGCUCCUGCACCUGGAGUUCAACCUUCUGCUCCUCAGGGUGGUAUGCCCCCGCCGCGAAACAUCGCACCACCACCCAGCCAAUUUGCUCCCGUGCCAUCCCCUUAUGCUGCAUCUCCGGCCCAACAAAUGCCUGCUGCAGCUGCUCCACCGCCUCCAAAGGGCCCGCCACAAGGCCCACCGCGAGCUGGACCCCCGCCAGGUGGACUGUCGAAGUCAGAAUCUCGACCGGGUACCGGCCAGUCACAGCCUGCAACUGCCACUACGGCCAAAUUUCCUCCUGGUGAUAGAUCACACAUUCCAGACAGUUCCCGCCGGAUCUAUGAGGUGCUUGAUGCAGAUAUGCAACGAGUGAAAUCCAAAGCACCAGCACAAUACAAACAACAUGUGGUAGAUACCGAGAAGCGACUCAACAUUUUGUUCGACCACCUCAACAAUGAAGACCUUCUCAAGCCGGAUACAAUCGAAGAGCUGAACAAGCUGGUAGAUAACAUCCAAAGCAAGCAGUAUGACGAAGCCAUUGCUAUCUUCUCGAAUCUGAUGACAAACAAGACGGAUGAAGGGAGCAACUGGAUGGUCGGUGUGAAAAGACUCAUUCAGUUCAGCAAAUCGACCGUUUAG